AAGCCGGGGUCGGGCGGAGGCCUAGCGGGUCCCCGCGCGAGACCGGACUGGACGGGGCGCCGAGCUGCGCGGCGCGGCGGGGGAGGCCUGGCUGCUGCGGAGGCCACGGCUCCCUCCACGGUCCCGACGAGGCCCCCCGCCACCUCGCCGCGCCACCGAGCGGUGCAGACGGCCUAGGCCGAGCCCGCGCCCCGCCGCUUGGUGUGCUCGAGAUAAGGAUCCGCGCUUAUCGGUGGGAAUUACACUCCGGCCCGCGGCGACCCGCCCCUGCACCCGGCUGUCGCCCGUCCGCCCGGGCCGCCCUCCGCUCGCUCGCCCGGCGCUCUGGGGACGUCGCCGAGAUCCUCGCGCCUCGCCAAACUUUAUGACUUGAAGAAGCAUAUGGCACCUGUAAAGUUAAAUGUCACUCCUUGUCGCCACUUGGACCUUCUGCUUGAGACCUGCAUGUGACUUUCCAUCUGUGAUCUUGGCUUCUCAUAUCUACUGACUUUGAUUACAGAAAAGUCUCUGAAGAUUCAUAUCAAAUGACGUCAAUGGCCAGCUUGUUUUCUUUCACUAGUCCAGCCGUGAAGCGAUUGUUGGGCUGGAAACAAGGUGAUGAGGAAGAAAAAUGGGCAGAAAAGGCAGUCGAUGCUUUAGUGAAAAAGCUGAAGAAGAAGAAGGGCGCCAUGGAGGAGUUGGAGAAAGCCUUGAGUAGCCCAGGACAGCCAAGCAAAUGUGUCACUAUCCCCAGGUCCUUGGAUGGACGCCUGCAAGUUUCUCACAGAAAAGGCUUACCCCAUGUCAUAUAUUGCCGUGUUUGGCGCUGGCCAGAUUUGCAGAGUCAUCAUGAGCUAAAACCAUUGGAUAUUUGUGAAUUUCCUUUUGGAUCUAAGCAAAAGGAAGUCUGUAUCAAUCCAUACCACUAUAAGAGAGUGGAAAGUCCAGUCUUACCUCCAGUGUUAGUGCCUCGCCACAACGAAUUCAAUCCGCAGCAUAGCCUUCUGGUUCAGUUUAGGAACCUGAGCCACAAUGAACCGCACAUGCCACACAACGCCACGUUUCCGGAUUCCUUCCAGCAGCCCAACAGCACCCCUUUCCCCUUGUCUCCUAACAGCCCCUACCCCCCUUCCCCCGCCAGCAGCACAUACCCCAGCUCCCCAGCAAGCUCUGCACCAGGAAGCCCGUUUCAGCUCCCAGCUGAUACACCUCCUCCUGCCUAUAUGCCCCCCGAGGAUCAGAUGGGACAAGAUAACUCCCAGCCCAUGGACACAAGCAGUGCCGUCAUUCCUCAGAUCAUGCCCAGCAUAUCCAGCAGAGAUGUUCAGCCUGUUGCCUAUGAAGAGCCCAAACACUGGUGUUCAAUUGUCUACUAUGAACUGAACAACCGUGUAGGGGAAGCUUUCCAUGCAUCUUCUACUAGUGUGUUAGUAGAUGGAUUCACAGACCCUUCGAAUAACAAAAGUCGAUUCUGCUUGGGAUUGCUGUCAAAUGUGAACCGUAAUUCAACCAUUGAAAACACUAGGCGGCAUAUUGGAAAAGGUGUUCAUCUGUACUAUGUUGGUGGGGAGGUGUAUGCUGAGUGUCUUAGUGACAGCAGCAUCUUUGUUCAGAGUAGAAAUUGCAACUUCCACCAUGGCUUCCACCCCACCACUGUCUGUAAGAUUCCCAGCAGCUGCAGCCUCAAGAUUUUUAACAAUCAGGAAUUUGCCCAGCUUCUGGCUCAGUCUGUCAACCAUGGGUUUGAGGCUGUGUAUGAGCUCACCAAGAUGUGCACCAUUCGAAUGAGUUUUGUCAAGGGCUGGGGAGCAGAGUACCAUCGACAGGAUGUUACUAGCACUCCAUGCUGGAUUGAGAUUCACCUCCAUGGGCCUCUUCAGUGGCUGGAUAAAGUCCUUACUCAGAUGGGCUCUCCUCUGAACCCCAUUUCUUCUGUUUCAUAGUGCGGAAGUAUUGUUUUCAACUAUAUUUUUACUGGACUUGUUUUAAUUUUAGAAGAAUUUCCAGUACAGAUGCUGUGAGCUGACAUGGAAAAACAGAUAUUAUUGCUUAUUUUUUCUACAUAAUUGUGACCAACACAUUUGUAUUUUGUGAUGAAUUUACAUUUGUUUGUAUUCAUGUUCAUUGUAACUUUCAAAAGUAUUGUAAACAAUGUAGAGCAUUUUGCCCCCAUUGAGAAGUUUGGCAUUGAUGUUAAACUGGAACAUACUUUUGUUUAUUGUCCCAACUGUUUUUUACAAGGCAGUGCACCACAUAAUGAAGAUUUUCCUGGAAGAGGGCAUGGGAUGUGGAAAGUCCUAGGCAAUGAGUUUCUAGUCAGGUCUUUGUCCUGCCACCUUUGAAAAAGCAUAGUACAUUGUUUUGCAAAGACAUGGUAGGAGCUUAAAGGAAACUAUUGAAUCUCUAUUUGAAGGAUACUGUGCACUCCUGAUGUGUUUGGUGAAAGCAAGGUGGGGAUCUCUAGAUGUCAUAAUUGACAUUUAGUGGAGCUGGUGUUUGUCAGUGUAAUGUGACUCUGUGCUAUAUAUCGUUUGUAAAACAUUUCCUUUAAAAUGCCUAGUAUCUGUCAUUUACUCAAGUUUGUCAUAAGUUUUAUUGAACAGUUCAGUGUGUACAUGGCCUUGUUCAGCUGUGUUUGCUGCUUUGGGCCAGUGUUUCAAGAACUUUAAUUUUAAUGUGCAUUAACCUUUUCAUUUUGCACUUUUAUGGGUGACAGUUUUAGUGUGACCUGCGCUAGAACAGUCAGGUGACCUGAUCUUAGCUCUUCCCUUUACUUCCUUGGCACUCCUUUGUAUCAGCACUGCCAUUUAGAGAUUCCAGUUGUGCGACAUGAUGCUUUCCCUAGCUUUUAUCUUUUAAUCUAAUGUAUGAAGUUGUUAUUCUAUAGCUCCAACUAAGGUGCCUGUUAAUUCCCUACAAUUUUAUGGGUGUUAUUAAUGUUGAAAGAUCAUAUACUUAAUACUAUUGCUCUUACACCAGACUUUCCAUACAAGGACCUAUGCAGUGUGGCCAUCAGGCUCUUUGGGUGGGUCCUGAGGGAUGAGACUCCUGGUGUGCUGGUGACCGAGUCAUCAGUGUGGGUUGGGAUAGUGCAUUUGUAACGUCAUGUAACAAAGCAUGUAGACUUGUCUCUCUCAGCAUCAGUGCUUUGCCUUUUUCUUUUAUUCUUUUAGAGCCUACCUUGAUGCUAGUCUCCAGAACACCAUCUUGGAUGUCAUUGCUCUAAGACACCCAUUUAGUUCACUGUGCCUUUGGCCUUAGGGAACAGUCAGACGGACAGUUUUGGCCUGAGAAUGAAGACACUACUUUGAUAAAGAAAAAAAAAAAUGACCUAAUUUCCCUAUCAGAACGAGAAGCUUGAUUUCCUGGUGCCACUUUAUUCUGCUGCUGAAAAUGUUAUUUUGGUUUGACUUUUUAUAAUGCCCUUCCUGCCGUUGUCGGGAAAACAGCUUUUUGGGGGGUGGGGGAGGCAUGAGUCCCCUUGUUUUCUGUGUCAUUAUUUAUUGCCUUUCAGAGUGUAGCCAUUGGGUGGCUUCAUUCCUUCCAAGAAGUGCUUUGCUGGGCCUUCAGUAGCUUGAGCCUUCAUGGCGCAGUCUUUAGAGUAAGUUUGCAGGUCUCAAGUUGAGUGACAGGUACCCGUCAGUGAGCUCUGCUGAAGUCUGGAAACAAGUGCCUUGCUAGUUCCGUUGUUGGACAGUGCGUGGUUAUGUUGUUUGUCCACAGUCCUGUCCCGGCCCUCCGGGUUGCAGGGUCUGUGUGAAUGGCAGGACUGAAGCUCUUAGCUGUCCAGAGUUUCAUGGAGAAGUCCAAACCUAUUUCCUAAAAGUUGUCAACAUCACAUCUGUGUCUGUAAAUGAGAAGUGCAGUCUGUCUGCCUGCUCCUGUAAUGUCUAAGGACAUACUUAACGUCUGUGGGUAGGAAAAAAAGUGUGCAAAGCAAGUGCAGAACUCUGGCCUGCAAGAAGCAGUUCUUGUAAAGAAGCCCUUCAGAAGGGUGUGGCUGCUUGGCAUUUGUGAGGAAUGCUUGUCCUCAGACAGAGCAGCAGCCGUACACCUCUCUGUGAUGAGUCUCCUGCAGCCCCAGACUGGCAUUGACCCUGCUAACUUGCUGAGGGUGGCCUUGAGCUUCUGAUCCUUCUGUGUCUACCUCCCAAAUGCUGGGGUGACAGAUGGCCACUUUUGUACCCAUCUUUGUGGUGUUGAGGAUCAGACUCAGGACUUUAUGCAUGCUAGGCGAGUGCUCUACCAACUGAGUGACAUCUCAAGUUCAGUGACCACAUUUUUAGUGUGCAAAAUAUAUUAAUAUAUGCCAGAUAAAAUGACAGAUUUGCAAAUAAUGAAAAUUGCCUUCAGUUUGGUGAAUUCUACAAAUGGUAGAAUCAAAUCUCAGUCAUGGAAUACAGCAACAAGAUGCAUCUAGGAAAAAGCAUGGCCUGAGGAGGCCGUUUGACUGGUCUGUCUGCAGGGUAGCAUGACGGCCUGGCUGUUGUUACCAGACUAAACUGAGGAGGCUGUUUGACUGGUCCGUCUGCAGGGUAGCAUCUGGAUUGCCAGCGUGAGACCACUAUUAAGAUUGCUAGAUACACACUUCAGCCAGCUACACUAAUAAUGCAGGUAGGGAAUGUGCCGGUGUUAACGUGUGGACACCCUUGGGGGUGUAAGUGGCAGUGACAUUGCCAUACGAGAUGUACUGUCGAAGUGAACACUGGGACUGCCUGCGAGGACCUGUGGAAUAUUUCCGUCCCUGGCCAGUAGUGCCCUCGUGAGGAGAGACACCUCAUGAAACCGAGUCGGGGGUGUGGUGUGCCCAUGUUGCUGAGAGCACCGCGGUGGCACAGGCCCUGUCCUCAUGCCUUUCCUAGCCAUUUCCCUGGAGCACUUGGAUCGUCUUCCUCUUCUCACUUCAAGUUUUGUCUCCUUUUGAUUCCUGAAAAUGAAAUAUUCUUAAAAAUUACUGGUUUUUAAAAAUUUAUUUCCUUGGGUUUUUGUUGUUUUGAGACAUAGUUUCUCUAUAUAGCCCUGGCUAACAUGGAAAUUACUGUGUAGGCUAACCUCAAACUUGAAGUAAUUCUCUUGCCUCUGCAGUCUGGGGUUACAGGCACAUGGCUCAGUACAGUGACCUCUGAUGGUUUUUAGAGUUCAGCCUCAGGUGAUGGUGUGCAUUUAGACCUAUUAUCUUUAAAGUGCUCUGAACCCCUUCUUUGUCUACCAGGUAAAUCUUUUGCUGUCUGGGGUCUCGGUAAAAAUGUAUGUUCUCAGUAUACACACAGCUAAAUAACAAGGCAGCUUUUAAUGCAGGUGACUUGUGGUUUUAGAAGCGUUUCUUGAUAUAGGGGAGGGGAUUUUCCUAAGCGGUGGUUUGUAGGGACCCCGAUACUAAGGAGAAUAACCUCUUGAAGGUAAUCUCCGGUGCGUGGCUGUUUCCUCACAGUGGUAGGGGUUUCUCCUUUGGAAUGUGCCAGUUCUUAGAAGUUUUGUUUAAUAAGAUGCAUGUAUAGGAAGUGAGCAUUGAAGGCAUUUGUUCUACACUAACAGUUUUCUGUCUGCUGGACGGACACUUAAACAGUUCUGUAGACUGUUGGGCUGCAGUGGAGUGUGUGCUGAUAAUGGCCAGCAGUGGUUAGCAGUGGCCUCAGUGAUGGAGCACUUCUCUGGCAGGCUAAAGCCCUGUGUUUAGUCCCCAGCACUGCAUAAACCAAACCAAACAGCUCUCAGAUGCACCAGUACUGUAACUGAAGUGACCACUCACAACUGGAUGGUGUCAGAACCAAGGACAACAGAGUCUUAGCGACAUCCUAAAAAGUGAGACUGUUGCUGCUCAGUGAUGACCUCGUCCCCUGCCAGGAUCCAGUGCUGGAGCAUUGGACCUCAGAAGAGGAGUUUGUGUCCUUGUCCAAGUGAAAAUCAGCGUAAACAGUUACCAUUUAAGGAUUUGUUUGAAGUGCUCUUCUUAAAAAUCCCCGAAUUUUGCGUGCAGAUGGGACACCUGCUGGCUCCCGCCCCGCUGUGGCUGUGGGUCCUGUUUGUUACUGUGAACUGGUGUUAGCCAUAACUGCGCUCCAGUUAGGCCAAAGAGUCAGUCCUAAGUUCUUUUGAAAGAAGGUUUAUUAGAGUCGGCUGUCGUCUUCUGAUGCCAUUGGCGAUGCUGCUGCUUUGGCAUUCUAUGGAGCUAAAUAUGGGGAUCGUAAGUAAUGAUUGUUGGGCCGCGGCACUUUAGCAUGCCUGGUUAAAGUUGCAAUCUGAGUUUACUUACUUAAAUUUGGGUAGGAAUAUAGUCAUGGAGAACGAAUAGCUGGUGUGUCCCUGCCUUUUCCAAGGAAGACCUCUCCCGUGUGGAUGGUGGAGAGCAAGAGCCGAUGGCUGCACUGUGGUCUGCUUGCCUGCAUUGGGCCUGCUUCCCUUCAUGUCGUAGGAGAUGAAACUAGCAGCAUGCUUCAAUUCUGCUCCUUUUUGAUACUUACAAAAAUGUAUUAGGUUUUACUAUAUUGUGCUUCUCAAAGCCAUAACUAUUAAGCAAUUUGUUUUGCAUAUUGUUUGCUAAUACUUUAUUUUAAUAAACCUCAAAAUGUG